UUGAUGACAAAUUGUAAUAAUCUUUCUCUGGACGUGUGUUGUCGCUGCACAGGACAUGCUGUCAUGCUCCGCAGCAUGAAGAGCAUCUUCGUGACGUCAGGGGAUAGCGCAACAGAAAACGGUGACGUCACGAUCUCGGGGCAAGAGGCGGAUGGUUCGAGAACGUCCAAACCGCGGGGCAGCCAUGGAGCAGACGACCAUCUUCAGCAGGGAGGCAGCAGCGAGGGAUCUGUGGUGGAUCCCGCCGACCGAGCGCUGUACACCACCUACGUCAGACACCAGAAGCUCGACACGCUGCCGGCCGUCAUCGUCCACAGCGCCAUCUUCGUCGUCUGCAAACUGCUUCUGGACGCCGCCAUGUUCUCCGACAGCAAGAUACUCCGCAUCGUCGUCUUCACUUCCCUUGGCAUCGUGUACGUGCUGGCCUUGACCCUGUUUACCUGCGUCAGCGUGGGCGAGAAGAUGUCGUCGUGGUGUGGGCUGCUGCUGUGGGCCGUGAUGACGUUGUCGGUUCUGUUUGACGUCGGCACGGUCACGGUGCGUCACACCGUCAGUGACGUCACUGGAUGGUCUGCGCUGGUGAUGUUCACGGCCUUCCUGGUGUUGCCGUGGAGAGUGGGCUGGUGUGUGGGCGCUGGUGUGGGCCUGGCCGUGGUGCACAGCCUGGUGGUGGGCGUCCUGUGGAGCCGCUAUCAGCACCGGGUGACCCUUCUACCUGAGCAGUUGGCAGCCAACCUCCUGCUGUUCGUGGGCGCCAUCCUGCUGGGCGUCCUGGUCUUCGCCUUCACUGACCGCAAGCAGCGCAGGUCCUUCCUGGAGGCCAAGGCAUCGGUGACCGUUAGAGUCACCAUCGAGAAAGAGCGCAGAGAACAGGAGAGACUGCUGCUGUCCGUUCUGCCCAAACACGUGGCUGACGAGAUGAUUCGAGAUUUGGGCUCCGACAUCAGCGGCCAUCAGUUCCGGAAAAUCUACAUGAGCCGCCAUGAAAACGUCAGUAUUCUCUUUGCAGACAUUGUUGGGUUCACAGCGAUAUCCUCCACUGUGUCGGCGUCCGAACUCGUUAAAAUUCUCAACGAACUUUUUGCCAGUUUUGAUACGUUGGCCAAGAAAUACCAUCAGCAUCGCAUCAAGAUUUUGGGAGACUGUUAUUACUGUAGUGGCGGCCUGGAGCCUCGACCUGAUCAUGCUGUCCUCUCCAUCCACAUGGGGCUGGCCAUGGUGGACGCCAUCAGUGCCGUGCGGCGGAAGACGGAGAAGGACGUGAGCAUGCGCGUUGGUGUGCACACGGGGGCCGUGCUGGGCGGGGUGCUGGGGCAGCGACAGUGGCAGUUCGACGUCCUGGGCAAGGAGGUGACCCUGGCCAACAAGAUGGAGAGCGGCGGACUUCCGGGCCGCGUGCACGUGUCGGAGACCACGAAAAACAGUCUGAAUGGAGUCGAGCUGGAACCAGGCAACGGAGGAGACAGGGAGGACUACCUUCGCCUCUUGGGCAUCAGAACAUAUUUGGUCAAGGCUGUCAUCAAACCGAACUCCGUGACUGGCUCUGGUGUCCAUGGCAACACAACACCAAGUGACAGACACGCACAGAGGCUGGAGGAGGCCCUCCUGGAGAGAGCCAAAGACACGGAGCUGUGGUCGCAGGCCCACCCGGUGACGCUGCGGUUCCGCGAUGGCUCACGGGAGGCGCGGUACCAGCGGCGCCACGACCUGCAGACGGUGUACAGCAUGGCCGCCAUGUGUGUGGUGCUGGCGAUGACCACCGCCGCACAGCUCUGCGUCCUGCCCAGGCACGUGUACACCAGGUCUCUGGUCACUAUCUUGGCCUUGAUAUCAGGAGAGCUGAUCCUGGUCUUAAUGACUAUGGUCUCCAUGACAACAGUCUUCUGCCUGGUAAUUCUGACUCUUCCUCUACUUGAGCCUCUUCCCCUCGACGGUGGCUGUCAGGUGCAGUGCCACGCCCACAAGCCCUCAUCAGCGAAAAACCUCACGGACGUUGUCCUUGACCCUGAUGACCCUAGCUGUCACGUCCUCUACAUGGUCGCCUACGGGGACCUCUUCGACUACUACGACGAGGUCCUCUACGGAAACGUUCUCCACCUGGCCUCCAAGGAUCGUCUGUCUAUCGAGCUGAUCUGCGCGGCUGUUGCCAUGGUUAUCCUGACCAGAAAGAUCGAGGCUAUCUCCCGGAAGUUGUACCUGUGGCAGGAGGGGGCAGACGCGCAGAAAGACCGUGCGGAACUGCGGCGCAAGAACGAGGCUCUGGUGUACAACCUGCUUCCGGCUCACGUGGCGCGAGACUUCAUCGGGCAACGGAGACGAGACAACGAUCUGUACAGCAACUCGUACGACGAGGCAGGGGUCAUGUUCGCGGCCUGCCCCAACUUCACCGACUUCUACAACGAGAGCUCCGUCAACAACAACGGCCUGGAGUGCCUCCGCUUCCUCAACGAGAUCAUCUCCGACUACGACGAGCUGCUGCAGAGCUCGAGGUUCGAGUCCAUCGUCAAGAUCAAGACCGCGGGCUCCACCUACAUGGCGGCCAGCGGCAUGGUGGCCUGCAGGAGUCCCACAAAGGAGCUGCGACUGCGAGACAGAUGGCAGCACCUUGACGACCUUGUCCAGUUCGCUCUGAGCAUGCGCGAAGCUCUCAAACGGAUUAACGAGCAGUCGUUUAAUAACUUCAUCCUCCGGAUAGGUAUCAAUCAUGGCCCUAUCAUUGCCGGAGUUAUCGGUGCUCGCAAGCCACAUUACGACAUCUGGGGCAACACGGUCAACGUGGCCAGCAGGAUGGAGUCAACAGGUGUGUCGGGCAAAAUCCAGGUUGUGGAAGAGACCAAAGAAAUUCUGGAAGAAUUUGGCUAUAUUUUUGAAAAACGUGGCUUAAUUAAAGUGAAGGGCAAAGGUGAACUGACAACUUACUUCAUGGAGGGUCGUCAAACUGUCGAGGUUCAGAUGCCAAACCAAGUUCAUGUUUAAGCGCUUUAUUUGUUGUUUUCUGUAUGUAUAUUUUGAUAGAUAUACAGACAUAUGUACAGUUGUGACAAGAGAGAGAGAGAGGUGUGGAUGAAAAUGGAGGGAGGAUUAAAAUGGAAAGGGGAAAGAAACGAACGAACGAAUGAAUAUGCACUGCACAUGAUAAGAACAAUUUUCCUGGCAUUGACUUGCCAAAGUUCAGGUCCUAAUAACUUAAGAGCAAGAGGUUUGUCGAGGUUACUGUCGACUAUCACGUGUUACAAACAACUCACAGUCGCCAGAGGUUUGUCGGGAUUCAUUAAACGGUCACCUGAUCGCCAUGCACAUGCGCAGACUGCUCUUGUUGACAUUACAAGGACAAAAAUAUGUAUGACUGCUUGUAAUAUAAAGUUGUUUAUUUUUGCUAACAAAAAUUAUAUAUAACUGUAUCAUAUAUAUAAAAAUAAUUUAAGCGUAACUAUAACAAUGGCUUAUUUGUACAAGGCCUGACGGCCAUCAACCACAACUAACUUAUUUCAGACUGAAAAGACGAAAUGUCCAGCACAGAAUAUUUUUGUAGUAAAUACAGGGUAUUUAUGUAGUAAGUACAGUGUACAUUAUGUAGAAAAUACAGAAUACAUUAUGUUGCUUGGCAUGAACAUGUUCACAUUAAUUCCCGUCUUUGCUGCUAUUCUGAGCGGUCUGGUGUGAGGUGU